AUGGCUAAGAAAGUCAAGAAUCGAAUCAUCAUCGUCCGGCUGGUGUCGAUGGCCAUGACUGGCUUCUUCUACACCAUGCGACGACCCAGAACGUCCUCGCCAAUGGGCCUUCUCAAAUACGAUCCAAUCGGUCAGUUAUACCUCGAAUAUUGA